UUUGUGUAAACUACGUAAACCUUAUUGAGUUACAUUGUCCUUUUGCCCCAUAUUCUGACAACAAGAGACACGAUACUCCACGCAAACACUCAGAUAUGCAGCACAAAAGUACAACUGAUAUCCAACAUAGACCAAUCGGAGCAAGUCCAGGCUUUUUAUUCAUUCAGAUGAUGGUCUUCUCUAUAUUUUUCGGUGCCCUGCUCUAAAUUAAGAAUCACAAACCUGUCAGAGACAAACUCUUACUAGCGGUGACAAGUCUGUUCAUUGCUGUUGAUUUUUGCUAUUCACAAUGGCUCUGAAUGCUGUACAUGAUCGAAGGAAAAAGCAUAAUGUGGUCGAAGUAGUGUUCCGUGGAAUACCUUAUGCCGAUUUUGACCGAACAGGGCAUUGGAGUACGUGGUCUCUAUUAAGGAUGUUUGAGGGUUCUUUAUUGCUCUCCGCAUCUCUAUCGCCUAUUCUUACAACUGCCACUUCCAAAGACGAGGAAUACAUAAUACUUCGGCAACACUGUAAAAUCAGUCCACAAUUUUACGAAGACAUCAACAUUCAUACUCAUUUUAACCCUAGAAUAAUGUUUUGGUGUCAUGAGGUAGGAAAGACAUCAUUGAACAUGAAAGUAAACUUGUUGAGUCUGGACUCGGAUCACGUUUACGCAACCAAUAUAAGAAAAGCAGUGAACUUUAACAUGAAAACAAAGAAAGCUGUUCCAAACAACACAUUCUAUCUCGAGCAGGCUGAAAGAAUAAACAGUCUAAGACCUAGCUAUAAAUGGUUAGCGUUUCCAAAAGAGUUGCCUACGAAACGUUUUACGGUCAAGAAACGUCCACUUUACAGUGAUACUGACUACAUGAAUCACGUGAACAAUGCUUCCUACGUCAAAUUCUGUUUAGACUGUUGUGCAUGCGCAGCUCAAGCUAAGUUUUAUAUUCAUUUCGAGGCUGACUUUAUAUACCCAGUUUUGGAUGUAGAUAUUCAAUAUCUGGGCGAGAGUUACGCUAACGAUGAUUUAGAAAUUUCAACAUGGCAGAGCACAGUUAACAUUAGCGACAUUUAUUGCAUCAUUCGCCGAAAAAACAAGACCAUUGUCAAAUCGUUUUUCCGUUUUGCUCUUACAAAACUAGAUCAAGUUGAUUACUUUGUUUCCAGAUUGUAGUAAUUCAUUUUAUACCUCACAUUUUACCAGGUAAUAUUAUGACAAAUAUGAAAAUGGAAAAUAUGAAACGAUGGAAAUAUAACAUCAUUGCUUCUAUCUCGAUGUAUGGAUAUUGAUCCUAUCACAUUGUGUUGCAAACAGUAAAAAAUAUUAGAAUUCUGCAAACGAUGCUUCAAAAUUUUUGUGUUUUGUUGCAAACGCAUAGCACGCAAGUAUAAA